CUCGCUCCACUUUUGAUAGAAAAGAUGAUGAAAAAAGUCCAUGCCAAAACAAUAGCCUUCACAAAAGAGCCUUUCAUUGAAGAAGAAGGGCACUGCAGAAUAGCACAAUGGCAAUUCAAUGCUAUGUCCCAAUCAGAAAUCAGCAAAAUGGCUGCAACUCAAAUUUUUCUAGGUCGAUAUUACGAUAGCAAUCAAAAACCGAUCAGAGGUGGCUUGUUGGAUGCCCGCUUGGGCCCUGCAAAUAAGCAAUGUGGUGACUGUGAGACUUGUGGUGCAAAACUGUCAGAUUGUCCUGGUCACUUUGGAUAUUUGGUGCUUGCUGUCCCUGUUUUUAAUGUUGGAUAUUUAAGUACCGUUGUGGACGUUUUGAAGUGCAUUUGUAAGUCAUGCUCUCGAAUAAUUUUGGAUGACAAAUCACGCAGUCGCUUUUUGAAUGUUGUGAGAGACCCCAAAAAGGAUAAAAGUGUGACGAUGAAAUUGAUAGUGAAGAAGUGUACUAGCAUGUCAAGCAAUAAUAGAUCAGUGAAGUGCCCAAAAUGUGGAUAUAUGAAUGGUUCAGUGAAAAGGGCUCAAGGUAUGCUGGCAAUUGUUCAUGGUGCUGUUGAUGACUUUAAAUCAGUGAAUCCUGUCAUGAAGGAUCCCAAGGCAUCCAUUAAUCUGCAACCUCAUAUGCUUAACCCUGUUAAAGUUUUUUCUUUGUUCAAAAGGAUGCUUGAUGAGGAUUGUGAACUUCUUAAUCUUAAAAGUAGACCAGAGAACCUUAUCAUGACAACCAUUGCUGUGCCACCUAUAGCCAUUCGUCCUUCCGUUCUUGUGGAUGGAUCACAGAGUAAUGAAAAUGACAUUACAGAGAGGUUAAAGAAAAUUAUUCAAACAAAUGCCUGUGUUCAACAGGACCUAUCAGAAGGAUCUACCACAAGAUUUUUGUCAAAUUGGGAAAUACUUCAAGCCGAGGUUGCGCUGUACAUAAACAGUGAUGUUCGCGGUGUGCCCUAUCACAUGACAGCAAAUGCCAAGCCAUUGAAUGGAUUGGUGCAGCGCCUCAAAGGGAAGACGGGGCGUUUUCGUGGAAACCUAUGUGGGAAGAGGGUUGAAUAUACUGGCAGAACUGUUAUUUCGCCUGACCCUAAUCUGAAAAUUACUGAGGUUGGAAUCCCUAUCCAAAUGGCCCAGAUUUUAAGUUAUCCAGAACGCGUGUCCGAUCAUAAUAUUGAGAAGUUGAGGCGGUGUGUAGCUAAUGGACCUUUUAAGUACCCUGGUGCCCUAGUGCUCAAAUGUCAAAAUGGCGAAGAAUGGUCCUUGAAGGCUGGGCAAAAAAGGAUGUCUCAUGCUGAUAAUCUCAAACCCGGGGACAUAGUCGAUCGCCACUUAGAAGAUGGGGACAUUGUUCUUUUCAACAGACAACCAAGCUUACAUCGGAUGUCUAUCAUGUGUCAUAGGGCAAGGAUUAUGCCUUGGAGAACAUUGAGGUUUAAUGAAUCUGUAUGCAACCCUUAUAAUGCUGAUUUUGAUGGUGACGAAAUGAAUAUGCAUGUGCCGCAAACGGAGGAGGCUCGAACUGAGGCUGUUAUGUUGAUGGGGGUGCAAAACAAUCUAUGCACUCCCAAAAAUGGGGAGAUUUUGGUUGCUUCCACUCAAGAUUUUUUGACAUCGUCUUUCCUUAUAACAAGGAAGGACACAUUUUAUGAUCGUGCAUCUUUUUCACUCAUGUGUUCAUACAUGGGGGAUGGUACUGAGCAUGUGGAUUUGCCAACACCUGCUGUAGUUAAGCCAAUAGAGCUAUGGACAGGAAAGCAGCUAUAUAGCGUGUUAGUUCGCCCGAAUUCAAAUGUCAGAGUAUAUCUAAACCUAACUGUUAGAGAGAAAUCCUACUCCAACAGAAAGACUGAAGAUGGAAGAGAAAUAGAAGCAAUGUGCCCAAAUGAUGGGUUUGUCUAUUUCCGUAACAGUGAGCUAUUAUCUGGGCAACUUGGGAAGGGCACUUUAGGAAAUGGCAAUAAGGAUGGACUUUUCUCUGUUCUUCUCAGAGACUACAAAGCUCAUGCUGCUGCUUCUUGCAUGAAUCGUGUAGCUAAAUUAAGUGCCCGGUGGAUCGGUAAUCACGGAUUCUCAAUUGGGAUUAGUGAUGUACAACCCAGUGACAUCUUGUAUGGAGAGAAAGAAAAAAUCAUUAAGAAAGGUUAUGACAAAUGUGACGACCAGAUUAAGUUGUACAAAGAAGGACAGCUACGACUUGCACCUGGUUGUGAUGCUGCCCAAUCACUUGAAUCUGGGAUUACUGCAGUUUUAAAUGAUAUUCGAGACCAAACUGGAAAGUUGUGCAUGCAAACGCUACAUUGGAGAAACAGUCCCCUGAUUAUGUCCCAGUGUGGUUCCAAGGGAUCUGCUAUCAAUAUCAGUCAGAUGGUUGCGUGUGUUGGUCAACAAUCAGUUGGUGGUCGUCGUGCACCAAAUGGGUUCAUAGAUCGAAGCCUUCCUCACUUUCCUAGAAAAGUGAAUACCCCUGCAGCUAAAGGCUUUGUUGCUAGUUCCUUUUACAGUGGCUUGACAGCAACAGAGUUCUUUUUUCAUACAAUGGGAGGUCGAGAAGGCCUUGUGGAUACAGCUGUCAAAACUGCUGAUACAGGGUACAUGUCUCGUAGGUUGUCAAAAGUUCUAGAGGACCUCUCUGUUCAGUAUGAUAAAACAGUGCGGGCCGCAAAUGGAGGUAUUGUUCAGUUUUGUUAUGGAGAUGACGGUAUGGAUCCUGCAAUGAUGGAAGGGAAAAGUGGAGCGCCGUUAGACUUCUACCGGUUGUUUUUCAGAGCCAAGGCCACUUGCCCUGCUGGAGAAAGCGAAAGCCUUUCUCCUGAUGAAGUGUCUGAAAUAGUGAGAAGCAGGCUUUCGGAACAAGAUAUGACUCCUGAUGGUGGUUGCUCUAUGGGUUUUAAAAGUUCUAUAGAGCAAUUCCUGGAUGAAUAUGUUAAAGCAUUAAGAAAAACACAGGAGGCUUUUUUAUUGAAUCAAAGUCCUGGUUGGGAGGUGAAGUCUGCAACUCUACAGAACAUCGUCCAAAAUAUAUCUGGUGUCACUCCUAGACAGCUGAAGGUUUUUCUAGAUACUUGUAUUUCUCGUUAUCAUUCAAAAAAAGUUGAUGCUGGUACAGCAAUUGGAGUAAUUGGAGCUCAAAGUAUUGGCGAGCCUGGGACACAGAUGACAUUAAAAACUUUUCACUUUGCUGGAGUUGCAAGCAUGAAUGUUACACUUGGAGUCCCUCGUAUCAAGGAGAUAAUAAAUGGAGCAAAAAAUAUUCAUACCCCAAUCAUUACUACAGUACUCGAGUGUGAUAAUAAUCCAAUGAUUGCACGGAUGGUGGCAGGUCGGAUUGAAAAAACAAAUUUAGGGCAGGUUGCUGAGUGUAUAGAGAUUGUAAUGAGUCCAAGAGCAGCAUAUGUAGAAGUCAAGCUUGAUAUGGCGGUGAUACAAGAUGCACACUUGUCAAUAGAUGCCAAUGUUGUAAAACAAUCAAUUUUGGGAACUCCAAGGAUUAAACUGAAACAUGAGCACAUUAGGGUUCCAGAUAAUCAAACAGUUGAAGUUCAUUCUCACGAGAAGGAUAGAAGAAAACUUCAUUUUCACCUCUACUAUUUGAAGAGUAUACUCCCCAAUGUUAUAGUACGGGGUAUAAAGACAAUCGAACGUGUUGUCAUCGAUGAAGAAAAAGUUAAAAGGGACAAAAAAGAUAUUGAUAUUAAAUGUGGAGACGAAAAGAAGUACAAGUUGUUUGCUGAAGGCAAGGGUCUUCUAGCAGUAAUGAGCACUAAAGGAGUAGAUGGUUGUAAAACCACAAGUAAUGAUAUUAUUGAAGUGCAGCAGACACUUGGAAUUGAAGCUGCAAGAACUUGUAUCAUUGAGGAGAUAAAGUAUACUAUGAAAUCACACGGAAUGAACAUAGAUGAUCGCCAUAUGAUGCUUUUAGCGGAUGUAAUGACGUUCAGAGGUUUAGUUCUUGGAAUCACAAGAUUCGGCGUUCAACAGAUGGGCAAAAGUGUAUUGAUGCUGGCUUCAUUUGAGCGAACAGAUGAUCAUCUAUUUAAUGCUUCCGUUCAGGGGACAGUUGACAAAAUUGAAGGAGUAAGUGAAAGCAUAAUCAUGGGUAUACCAAUGCCGAUAGGCACCGGAAUGUUCAAAAUUAAACAACGCCUCCCUGAGAUGUGAAACUUUGCGUUCAUGGAAACAUCAUGGUCUUCCGGCACAAGUAUACAUGUAAAGAAUGUUGAAUGAAGAAGAGGCCACACGCUAACCUAAUGGCGAGACAUGGUAGCCACUAUGCUGCGGGAUAAUAGCAGAGCUUGUUACUUGUUUUACAAAAAAUCGCUUUAAGCUUGUAUUGAAAAAUGUAUACCUGCUAGGGAUUACUUGUAGAUUUAUUAGGUUGUUACAUCAAUGUUCUGGUAAACUGACAUCUCUGGGAAGUUCCAAAUUUCCGGGCACUGGUUAUAGAGAAAAAAAUUAAAAAGAUAAAAAAGGGUAAGCAGCCUUAUGAGUUAUAAGGA